CAGCAAAGAGAGAGAAAAAGACGAUGCCUAACUCUGGGGGUAGCCACCAUUCGGUAGCAAGGUAGCAAGGCAGGAGCAGCAGAGACGGUACUACUCUGCAAACAACUGAGGCGGGAGAAUGAGUGUAUUACUGCGCUACUCGUACGUACGUCUACUAGCACGAAGCAAGUGCAGCUAGCUACAAAGAGGACAGUAGACAGACAGGUGCACUCGGGCAGACAGUCAGUCACUAAAGCAGCUUGGUGUGGGGCCGGACCGUUCACUCGAGGAAGGCAGCAGGGAUGUGCUCGGGGUCAUCCUGGGGCUUCUCGGCUAAAAAUCAAUCAGAGACAUGACAUCAGUGGGCAUAUAGAGGUCUUUGCCGACAAGCGUACCUCCGCAGCAGAGGUACUUCUCGCCGUCUUCGAAUUCGGUGAUGUCCUUGAUGAUGGUCUUCAUGUUCUGCUUGUAGAUCUUGCGGAUCACCCCGCUCUUGGGGCUGCAGCCCGACUUGCCCGCCUCAGCAACGAACUGCAAACAUCAAGAAACGAUCACACCAUCAAUGAGGUGGCUUGUCAAGUAGGUGUCCUCCAUCCAGCCUACCUGUUCCACGUUCCGGAUGGUCUUCUUGACGAUGAACUUGACGCCCUUGAAGUGCUUGUCACCGUUCCUGUAGAGCCAAAUGGUGAUGGGUGUCUCAGCUUGGGUGCCGAACUUCUGCUGGCCAAGGGCGCCCUGCACCACUGGCUUGCGCCCGGCACGCUCGACCUUUCUCACACACACACACACAGACAGACCCACACGCAGACACACAUGCAGAGAAAGGCGUCUAGCACCCCAAGGGGUCGUUGCCUACAUGGUCGACUGUCUUCUCCACGGCGUGGCGGCGGGCAGAAGAUUCGGUGGAGCCGUCAAUGUUGACCAGCUCCUCCCGACCAGCAAUCCCUCGCCCCUUACCGCCCUCGUCGAAACGGUGCUUAUGGGCACCCUGAUAUACAGACCACCAAGAACAGCAAGCAGAAGAGAGGCGUGGGGGUUGGAGGAAAGGUGGCAAGAAGGGCAGAACGGGGCCCCCGCUGACCAGCGCUGUGUGUUACCGUGUAUUGGGUGUGGUCGGUGAGCCUGUCGAAGAUGCUCUGCUUCUCGGGGCUCUUCCUUCCCGACAUCGUUGGUCUCAGUGGGGGGUGGUACGCUCGACGAUGGCCGGUCGAUUUCUUUUGGGUCCUUGCUAUUCACAAGAGGGUAGG